AUGGCUGAAAGAAAUCAAAAUUUAAUGAUUUUAUCCACAAAUGAAAAAUCUGAAACAUCUAACAAUGAAACACAACCAUUACAACAAGAACAUAAAAAACCUCCACAACUUGUAACAACACUAGACUUUGAAAAAAUUACUAAUCUUGAACUAUUAGGGGGUGGAGGUGCAUCAAUGGAACUUGAUCGUAUUUGUGAAGGUUUUUCUAAUAUUAUUAACAACAUCAAUGAUAUUCGUGAAGGUUUAUCAGAUGAAGGAACGAGAUAUUUAUUCGAAGAAAUAAAAAAUAACAUAGCAAUCAUCCCACCAUUAACAUUUCUUCUUCCUGAUAAACAAGAGAAAAAAGAAUGUAAAACUGAUCCAACUAAAGCUGUAUGCAUUGCUUGCAAUGUUCAAUUCUCUAUUGAAAAUAGUGUUCUUGGUGAUAUUAAUCGUCAUAUUCAAAGAAAAAAACACCAAGAAUGUGUCAAAUCAGUUGAAUCUAAUCGAUCAAAAACUGUUGAUACAAUGUUUCAUAUACCGACAUCUGAUCUUCAGAAACUAUGUGCUGCAGAAGGUACUCUUGUUUUUCAUGGCAUUAAACAUUCACACAGUUACGUUUCACAAGCAUGCACAGUAAAAUUAGUUAAAAAAUGUUUACUAGGUUCAUCUAUAACAAAAAAUAUAAAUUGUAAUAGAACCAAAGCUCGUGAAAUAGCAUGUAACGUACUUGCACCAUCACUUACAUAUGCUCUUGUACUUGAAUUACGCGAUGUUACAUUCUUUUCGAUUGCAUAUGAUUCAUCAAAUAGAGGAAAUUCUAAAAUGUUGCCGAUAGUUAUUCUUAAACACAUUCGACUAAGGUGGCUUAAUCUUUUACCAUCUAUUGAACGUCUCAUUGUUGUACAUCCAGUAGUAAAAAGUUAUUUUCUAAAUCUUGAACAUGAUGAAUGUCCUAAUUUAUUAUUUAAGUUUUUUACUUCAAAUGAAGCGAACGUUUUACCUGAAGUACAAGUUGCUAAUUUAUCAUUACAACGUGAGCAUACAACAGGACUAAACAAUCGUUUGAAAGAUAACUUUUUUGGUUGUAAAGUUGGUCAAUUAUUAAAAAACAUUCAGUCUUCUAAUCAAGUUGAAGAUUUAAAGAAAUCAUGUCGAUCAUUUAUCCGUUCAAUUAUUGAUUAUAUUGAAAAAUAUUAUAAUAGUUCAGCAGCAUUUUAUCAAUCAAUUUCUAUUUUUAGUGAAAUUGACAUUGAAAAAAUUCAAUGGAAAGAUAUUCAACAAUGCUGUACUUUCAUUCAUGACAUUAUAAUUGAUGAAGAUGGUUUAUAUAAUGAUUUUAAUCAUAUAAGAUCCAAAUAUAUUUCAUUGAGAGAAAAAUCCGGUGGAAUCGUUAAGCAAGUUGAAUCAUUUAUUUUAUCAAAUUUAGGUGCAUCAAAACAAGUUGUAGUACCGCUUUAUGAUGAAGACAGUGUACAUGAUGAUGAUGAAUGUGAUCUUACAUAUGAUUCUGAUUCUAAUGAUGAUGAUGAACGUAAUGCAAAAUGUCAUAAAGAACAAGAAGAAAGUCUGUGGAUUAGAAGUGAUUAUUUAUGGGCCUUUUUACUGCAUGGUGAAAGAGUACCUAAUUUACAAAGAUUAGUUCAAUUUGUAUUUGCGAUUCCUGUGUCCAAUGCAUAUUGUGAAACAGUUUUUAGUCACAUGAAAUACUUGUGGAACAAUAAUCGAAAUAGAAUGAAGCAGGAUUUAGUUGGAGCUGAAUUGAAGAUAAAAAUGAAUACUAAUUAUACUUGUACAGAGUUUUAUGACUAUCUUUUAAACAAACCAGAUCUUUUAAAAGAGAUUCGAUCGUCAAAUAAGUACAGUCAUAUUGCAAAAGUACCACGAACAGCUUAG